AUGAAAGUAGCCACAGUUGCACGUCAAGUUGGUUACUUGAUUUCCUACAAGAAUAUAUUGGAGAAUCUCAGGAACGAAGUCAAGCUUCUGCAAAACAAAGGAAAGAGGGUGGAAGAAAAUCUUACUUGGGAUUCUGAAGAAUUCCAGACUCAAACUAGCUGGUUGAAAAGAGUUGAUGAGAUUGUUAAACAGACAAAUGCAUUCUCGAAUUACUAUGAAGGCAAAGGUGCUUGCACAAAUUUUCUAUGGCGUUAUCGGGUUGGUAAAGAAGCAAGAAAGAUUAUACUGAAAAUUUCACAACUACAUGAAUUGGGAAAGUUUGAACAAUCUGUGAAACCUCCCAGAUCAAGAUCAAGGAAAGAUACUAUAAAUGAUAUUAUGGAAGCCCUGAAGGACCCUCUUAUCCAAACAGUUGGAGUAUGGGGGUUGGGUGGUGAAGGUACAACCUCAUUAGCCAAACAUGUUGGAGAUCAAGCAAAAGAACAUGACUUGUUUGAUUCAGUGGUUAUGAUGACUGUAACUGAGAAGCCAAACAUAGAAAAAAUUCAAGAAGAUAUUGCAGAUGCAUUGGGUUUGCAAUUUCAAGGGGAAAUGAAUGUGGAAAGGAGAAACAUAUUGCGGAGGAGAAUAAAGAAAGAGAAAAGAGUUCUUGUCAUAGUUGAUGAUAUAUGGGGAGAAUUGAAUCCUCAAGAAUUUGAUUUGGAGGAAUAUGGAGUUCCUUUGGGUGAUGAACACGAGGGACGCAAAUUAUUACUAGCAUCAGGAAAUUUGGGUUUUAUAAAAAACACGAGGGGUGCUCUUAAGGUGUUCCAAAUAGAAGAGUUACUAGAAGAUGAGGCUCUAAGCUUGUUUGUAAAGACGGUGGUUGGAGGUGUUGAUCAAGACUUUGAGGCUAGUUCCUUAGUAACUGAAAUAGUAAAAAGUUGUGCAGGUUCAGCUCCUUCAAUUUUUGCUGUAGCUAAGGCAUUGAGAAAUAAAGACCUGGGUGUUUGGAUGGAUGCCUCAAAGAAACUGAAGGAUAAUGUUCCGCCAAUAAAACUAUGUUACAAUAGUUUAGAAAGUGAAGAACUCAAAUCUCUGUUCUUGCUUCUUACUAUUCGAGGAAGAAAGCUUAUUCACAAGUCUAGCAUAUAUAUAGACAUGUGGUCAGGGUUAUUCAAAAACCUUGAUUCAUCAGAGACUGCAAGAAAUAAGCGUGAUUCCUUGAUUAGUGAACUUAACGCUUGCGGUCUUGUGGUUCAAGAUAAAAUGGAAUGGGUUAAAGUAGAUGACUUGAUAUGGGAAAGUGCUUAUUUAAUAGCUCAAAGGGAACUAAAAGUUACAAUGAUUUCUAAAGAAUGGCCACCGGAAGAUUGGCUGAAAAGUUCACGCUUUUGCAGCAUGAUUGUUGCGAGUGGUUUGCAUAUUCCUGAAAAGUUGCAGUGUCCAGAGUUGCAAGAGAUGUUACUAAGUACAGACAAUUCCUCAAUGCAAAUUCCAAAUUCCUUUUUUGAGGAGACUAAACAUCUGAAAGUUUUAGAUGUUGUUGACUUCGAUUGUUCAAAGUUGCCAGAUAGUUUUGGUUUGUUAAAGAAACUUCAAGCAUUAUCCAUGUACAAAUGCAAAUUGGGAGAUAUAACUAGAGUUGGUGAGCUCUCGAAUCUUCGAAUGCUUGGCCUCCUUGAAUGUAGAAUCCAACAAUUGCCAAGACAAAUCGGACAGCUCCGAAAGUUGCUAUUCUUGGAUUUGAGAGAUACAUAUCUGCAAGUGAUUCCACCCAAUGUUCUGUCAAACUUGACUAGCUUAGAAGAAUUAUAUUUGAGAAACUCCUUUCAUAAUUGGGAGGUGGAAAGAUCCAUCAAUGCGAGCUUGAAAGAGCUAACAGACUUGCCUCGCUUGACAUAUAUAGAAGACUUGUAUGUUCCUGAUGUUACGGCAUGGCCAGUGGAGUUGUUCUUUGAAAAACUAAGAUCCUACACGAUUUUUAUUGGGGAUAAGUGGGGCCCGACCCAUGAUGGUGAUCAUGGAUUAAAGUCACUAAAACUCAAGCUUGAUAGAAGGUUUCAAUCGGAGGAUGGAAUAAAAAAGAUGUUGAAAAAUGUUGAUGUGUUGUACUUAGAUGAAUUGAAUGGUGUCCAUAAUGUUCUCAGUGAUUUGGAAAGUGACGGGUUUCCCCAUCUGCAGUCUCUCUUUAUACAAGACAAUGAUGAAAUCAAAUACAUAGCCAUGAAUUCAAGUCAUCCUCUUGAUGCUUUCCCCAACUUGGAGUCAUUGUCUCUCAACAAUCUAAGCAAUUUGGAGCAUAUUUGCCAUGGUCCUCUAACUGAGAAAUCUUUAUUCAAAAUAAGAGUCAUCAAAGUACACAAGUGCGAUGGGAUGACAUGUCUCUUCUCAAAUUCAAUGAUAAAAAGCCUUCCUCAUCUUUCUGAUUUAGAAGUUUCAGAGUGCAAACUCAUGGAGGCAAUUGUGGUUGUAGAAGGUGCAGAUCCAGGAUUACGUCAUCCUCACAUAGAGUUUCCUGAAUUACGCUCUCUGACCUUACGAGGACUCCCUGCAUUAUUCAGUUUCUUUUUUCAGAAAGAAGAGUCUUCUUACAGUGCUAAACCUAUACUUUUCAAUGAGAAGGUUUCUUUUCCUAAUAUGGAUACAAUGAUGAUUUUCGGGGCAAUUAAAUUGAAGAAAAUAUGGGAUAAGGACUAUGUUGUUCCAAAUUCUUUUUGGAAGUUAAAGGACGUAAGCAUCGCGGAUUGUGAGGAAUUGACAUUAAUUUUUCCUGCUCCUCUUUCAAGAAAUCUUCAUAAUUUGAAGACGUUGACGGUCAGGAAUUGCAGCUCAUUGUGGAGAAUUUUUGACUUUGCCACUGAUGUUGACAGACAAUGGAUGAGGUUUCAAUUGAUUGGCUUAAAUUUAGUUCAGCUACCAAAGUUGUAUACUGUAUGUGAUAGUAUAUAUGCAAUAGAAUUUCCUAGAAUGGAGAAAGUGCAUCUUGAAGACAUACUCGACUUUAAGGGAUUUUCCUAUGGAAGUAUUGCAUGCCCAUCCUUGGAGAAUGUGGUUGUGAACCACUGCCCCGAAAUAUGGAAGUUUCGUUUGGGACUCAUAGAAAAGACACAGUUGAAGUCAGUGAUGUUAGAUUAUCAAUUGCAAGAUAACAUUGAUACCAAUACCAAGGUUGCCUAUCUUUUUGAAUUUGCGGAUGACUUAUCAAUGACUGCAGAGUAUAGUAUUGUUAGUGAUGAGCAGUUUAUGAAGGAAUUUAAGUUCCCAGCGAGCAAGGUGGUGCUCAAGGACCUCCCACGUUUGAUGGAGUUCCAUACUAAAAGAGACUUUGCAUUAGAAUUAUCAGCCUUGAAAAGUUUGAUGAUAGAAGAUUGUCCAGAGUUGAAUGAAUUCAAAAUUGGGUUUGCAACUAUGUAUGAAGAUUCAAUAACUGACGGCAAGUCUUUUUCCCAACUUAAUGAACUCAGCUUGGUUAGUUGCCACAAAAUUGUUUGUGUCAUCUCAUCUAACACAUUACAAGAGUUAGGGAAUUUGAAGAAACUCAUUGUGAGUCAUUGUACCUCAUUGAAAACGGUUUUCAAGAUUCAAAGGGAAAUACCUCAUUCUAUGCUCUUGCAGCAUCUAAGUGAAUUGACUUUAAUUGAUUUACCCAAUUUAGUUAACAUCAUCAACAAGGAAAGUAGUACCAACCUCUAUCAAAACCUUAUAUUCCUAAGGGUUAAGCAAUGCAACUCUCUCAAUUGGCUAGCAAUAUCUCUUAUGCUAAAAGAAAUGGAAAUUUCUGAUUGUGAGGCUUUGCAAAAAAUUAUCAUCAUGGAUAAAGGAGAUGAAACGAGAGGGAAAUCCUUUCCUGAGUUGAAGUAUGUUUCUCUUGAAAAUCUAACAAAGCUCUCAACAUUUUUUCCACCUACAUCUGAAUUUCCAUCCUUGGAAACAUUAAAAGUAUCAAAUUGUCCUGCGUUGAAGACUUUUGUUGGAGAGUCCCAUAAGCUGAAAGAUGGCCUAACUACUUCAAGCUGCUUCUUCCCAACUUCUUUGUCAUUGGACAAAUUGAAGGUACUUCAUGUGAUAAAUCAGGUUGAUGUUGAGAAUCUCUGGCACUGUAGUUGUCCUUCCAAUUCAUUCUGUAAUUUGGAAAACCUGACUUUGAGUGACAACAAUAAAUUAUUGAAGGUCAUAUCCUCAAGCAUGAUCAUAAGAUACAACAACCUGAAAUUGCUGACUGUGAACAGAUGUGAAUUACUGAAGGAGAUUUUUAACCUUAAAGAUGACAAACUAGAUCAUGAUAUCACAGAAAUGCUUCCUCAGCUAAGGGAAUUAGCAUUGAGUAACCUAAGCGGUUUGACACGUGUCUGGAACAAGGAACCCCAAGUUCCAUUCUUCCUAAACUUGGUAUCACUUCACAUUGUCCAUUGUGGUAACCUUAAAAGUCUAUUCUCACUCUCUGCUGCUAAAAAUCUUGUGCAACUCAAAUUACUCAAGUUGUAUAAUUGUGAGAAAAUAGAUGAGGUAAUAUCUGCCGAUGAAGAUGAAAGAGUGUCGGUCAUUUUUCCUGAAGUAGAAUGCCUCAUACUCAAGGAUCUUCCAAACUUAGCAAGUUUUUGUCUGCGUAAUGGAACUAUUCACUGGCCUAAAUUACAUACAGUGAGAAAUGCAGCCUUUUGGGAUUAUGAAAAGUUUUUCAUGUCAUUGACUGUUGUGAAGGACAUUAAAAUCAAGUUAAAAUUAUAA